AAUUUUUCAUUUUUAGGAGGAGGCACUUAUCUGAUCUUUUAGAGAAUUAGGGGCAGUUUUUUUAAGUUCAGAAAGCCCAUUUGUUUACUCCUGAGCCUAUAGAAAGGAUUCUAGGCUCCUAGCUAUGGCUGACAUUGAGAGUGACGAAGAAGGGGCAGUAGUAUCCAGUGAAAUUCCGGAGGUCACUCAGCAGGAGAUAGAAGUAGCUCCCGCUCCAGCUGAAUCACCGAAAGAAGAGGUUCCAGAGAAAUUGGGGGACAACGACGAUGAAUCACCAUCAAUAUGGCAGAGGAUAAAGGACCUUUUCCCUUGCCUUCGCUACAAUGAGGACUUGAGGCGUGUGACUGCUAACAAUAGAGAAGAGAAUGCUCAGUACAAAUAUGCUAACAAUGUCAUAAAGACGGCAAAGUACAACAUCAUAACAUUCCUACCCAUCAACCUGUUGGAGCAGUUCCUCAGGAUUGCUAACUUUUAUUUUCUGAUUCUUGUUAUUUUACAGGCUAUACCUGGCAUAUCUUCAGUUCCAGUCUAUUCUACUCUAGUCCCAUUGUUAGGUGUACUUGCUACUACUGCCAUCAAGGAUGCCUAUGAUGACAUUAAACGGCACAUCAGUGACUAUCGUAUCAAUUCACGUCCAGCAGACAUUGUAAAGCCUGAUACAGAUAUUGAAACUGCUGAACUGGAUGGUGAGACUAAUUUGAAAGUGAGACAAGCCUUACCUGAGACAGCUGAUAUGAAAGACAAUGAAAAUGAUCUUGGAAGUUUUAAUGGUUAUGUUGAAUGUGAAGUUCCUAAUAAUAGACUCCACAAGUUUGUUGGCUCACUCGCUUGGAACAAUGAGAAGCACUCACUAUCCAAUGACCAAAUCCUGUUAAGAGGUUGUAGGUUGAGGAACACUGAGUGGAUGUAUGGCCUAGUUGUUUAUGCUGGACACGAUACUAAACUAGUGAAGAACAGUGGGCGUACUAAGUUCAAGAGGACUCACAUUGAUAAUAUGAUGAAUAAAAUGGUCUUAUUUAUACUAGGAUUUCUUGGUUUCUGCGUCACGGUGACACUGAUUGGGUCUGCAAUAUGGGAGAGUCUUUACGGAACUAAUUUUCAAGUGUACGUCCCGUUUGAUACAAGAUUUGAUAACCCGGCAAAGAUUGCUUUUGUUCAAAUCAUCUCAAACAUCAUUGUCUUUAAUACAUUUGUACCGAUAUCCCUCUAUGUGUCUGUUGAGGUCAUUAGGUUAGGAUUGUCUUUCAUCAUUAAUUGGGACUUGAAGAUGUAUUAUGAGACAAACGACAUACCUGCCAUUGCUAGAACAACAACUCUUAACGAAGAAUUGGGACAAAUUGAAUAUGUCUUUUCAGACAAAACUGGCACUUUAACGCAGAAUAUAAUGAAGUUUCGUAAAUGCACUAUAAAUGGUGUCAAAUAUGGUGAACCUACAGUGGAAUCAAAGCCCAUUGAUUUUUCUCCGUGGAAUCCUUAUGCUCAAGAUGAUUUUGAAUUCUGUGAUAAUGAUCUUGUUGAACUCUGUCGUUCUGGAAAAGACCCAUUUGUUGAAGAUUUCUUUAAGUUGAUCGCUUUGUGUCACACUGUUCUACCAUCACAAGAUGCAGAGGGUAAGUUAGACUAUAAUGCUCAGUCUCCUGAUGAAGCUGCUCUUGUGUCUGCUGCUAGGAACCUUGGAUAUGCUUUCACUACAAGGACUCCAUUCACUGUCUCAGUUGAUUUGUUGAACAGAGAACAACACGGACUACCUAGCUCUGUUAAUUAUGAGGUUCUCAAUAUUCUUGAUUUCAAUAACGAGAGGAAGAGGAUGUCGGUGAUAGUCCGUGACCCAGAGACAGGAAAACUGACUCUUUACUGCAAAGGAGCUGAUACUGUUAUAUUUGAGAGACUAGACCCUUCUUGUGAUGAACUACAGAGCACUACACUUGAACAUUUGGGAACUUAUGCCACUGAAGGUUUAAGGACACUAGUGCUUGCUAAGAAAGAUAUUGGCAUUGAUGAGUAUACUGAAUGGUCCAAAGAAUACACUGAAGCUAGCUUGCUCACUGAAGGUAGAGACUUGGCUGUUGACAAAAUAUACAAUAAGAUUGAACAGAACCUUAUACUGAUUGGUGCUACUGCUAUUGAAGAUAAACUCCAAGAUGGAGUACCAGAAACUAUUGCUAAUCUAGCCAGGGCUGAUAUUAAGAUAUGGGUACUAACCGGUGACAAGCUAGAAACUGCCAUUAACAUUGGUUAUUCCUGUAAACUCCUCACGGAAGAGAUGAAGAUAUUCAUAGUGAACUCUGAAGAAAAGGCAGAAGUGAGAGAGCGGCUGCAAGAUGCUAAAGACUGGAUUGAUAAGAAGGACUCUCGCCCUGAACCAACCACUGACGAACCACAGGGACCUCCUUAUGGAAUAGUUCUUACUGGACAAACCCUGCGACAUGCCCUCAAAGCUGAUAUGGAGAUGCUGUUAUUGGAAACUGCUAGUCAAUGUAAGGCUGUUAUAUGCUGUCGUGUGACUCCAUUACAAAAGAAGAAAGUUGUUGAUUUGAUAAAGGUUCAUAAGAAAGCUGUGACUCUGGCUAUAGGAGAUGGUGCUAAUGAUGUUGGAAUGAUCAAAGCUGCUCAUAUUGGUGUGGGUAUAAGUGGCCUUGAGGGACAGCAAGCUGUUCUUUCUUCUGAUUACUCAUUUGGACAAUUCCGGUAUCUUGAGAGGUUGUUGUUGGUUCAUGGCAGAUGGUCUUACCACAGGAUGACUCUCUUCCUCAAAUAUUUCUUUUAUAAAAACUUUGCCUUCACAUUCAGUCAGUUCUUGUUUGCAUUCUUCUGUGGCUUCACUGCUCAGACCCUGUAUGAUCCUGGUUUCAUUGCUGUCUACAAUGUCAUUUAUACCUCAUUCCCAGUAUUAGCGAUUGGCAUACUGGAUCAGGACUGUACUGAAAAGAGUUGUCUCCAGAACCCUCGUUUAUACAUUGCCGGUCAGAAAGGGAAGCGGUUCAAUACACAAAUAUUUCUAAUAAGUCUGCUUCGUGGGAUAUGUGUAGCUAUUGUAGUCUUCUUUGUACUGUAUGGUUUUACUUACCUCAAUGUGUAUCAUGCUGGCUAUGAGUGGGACUAUCAGUCAUUUGGAUAUGCUGCUUCUGGUGCUCUUAUCUUCAUUGUUAAUCUGCAGAUGGCUAUGGACACUAAUUACUGGAAUCCCGUCAUACAUAUAUUCAUAUGGGGCAGCAUCCUCUCCUGGUGGGUAGUCCCUCCUUUCCUAAGCAACGUCCCGUACUUCUACAAUUUCAACGUUCUCUCAUAUUAUGGCGUAUCAAACGAAGUACUUGCUAGCUUCCAUUUUUACUUCUACACAUUCCUGGCUAUGGCCCUGGCUUUGCUCCCGGUCUUCUUUGCCCGUAUCAUACUAACAGAGCUCUUCCCUAGUCUCCUGGACGAUGUUCGUUUAUCAGAAGACAAGAUCAGUUCCAAGGAGAGGGCAGAGUGGUUCAAGGGUCACAUACAGAGGGCUCUCCCUGGAAAGAAGGAAGAACUAUUAGAGGAGGAGGGUAGGGUAACCCCUGUCUCGUCUGGCCUUUUAAGACAUCAACGAAGCAGCUACGCUUUUGCACACGAGGAAGGAUUUGGUAGUCACAUCCUCACCGGGCGAUAUCUUGGAGCUAAUGAAAAGGAGGUGCACUCUGAGAGAACGAGACGGAAUACUCUAACUUUAGGACGACCUGGCUCACGUCCAAAGAAGCCCAGCCCACUGGAGGUUUCUAAGAGUGCGAUGACUCUACCAAGCGAUUCUAAGACUCUUAAAGCACUUGAUGAGGUUCAAGGUUCAGCAAGUGCUUCUCCUGUGAUUGAGUUGGAAGUCUCAACCAAGAAAGACGAGAAGGAGUCGCUGGUUGAAACUAUUGAUAGUGCCCUCUAACUUUAUUUAGAUAAUAUUAUCAUGUUUAAUGAGUAAUUAUAGAGUGAUAUUAUUAUUAUUAUUAUCAUCAUUUUUGUUCUUUGUUUUUUGCUACAUGCAAAUUUUUAACUUUUUAAUAAACAA